AAUGGCAGAGGGUGUGAAAAGACAGUGUUAUCGGUGUGGAGAGCUCAGGUAGUGUACAAUCGUUUAACCGUAAGACGACUUUGGAAUAAGAGGAUAUUACAUAAAACGAAGAUGUGGAUUACCGGUAAAGUCGAUCAGAAUUCACAAAAGGAGAAAAGUUUUAACGAACUUUAUGCGGAAUGCCGUUUGGCAGCACCAGGUGCACAUCUUCCGUAUUCGAUUCGCAGCAAAUUGGACAGAUUUAGUAAAGAAGAAAGAAAAGAGAUCGUAUCGAGAGUUAAAGAAGGUUGUGCACCGUUAUUUAUUGCUUGUAAGAAAGGAAAUGUGGAGAUUGUUGAAUAUCUUAUCACUCAAUGUGAUGCUGACAUUGAACAGAGAGGAAUGUUUGAAGUUCCUGACGAUCGUUCCAUCCAUUAUGUUACUCCUUUAUGGUGUGCAGCUGUCUCUGGCAAGUUUAACGUUGUUAAAUAUCUCAUCGAACAUGGGGCCGAUGUUAAUACCGUUUCUGAUACAGGUUCCACACCUGUACGAUCUGCCUGUUUUAUGACUCACCUUGACAUUGUUAGAUAUCUCGUAGAGAAUAAUGCAGAUAUUUUGAAGCCGAAUUUUAAUGGUGGAACCUGUUUAAUUAAUUCCGUGCAGAGUGUUCCUCUUUGUGGAUUUUUAUUAAAACACGGAGCAGAUGUCAAUGCCCAAGAUAUACAAUUCAAAACUGCAUUGCAUUACGCGAUACAGGAACACAGAUUCGAGACAACUAAAUUGUUGUUGGAAAAUGGAGCCAAUCCGUUGAUAAAAAGUAGAUACGGUGAUGAUGCCCUGCAGACUGCUUGUCUGAAAGGAGCCACUCAUAUAUUCGAAUAUUUGAUCGAUAAUUACAAUUAUACUCCAGAAAGAGUUGCCGAAGCCCACGAGUUGUUGGGUUCCACGUUUUUGGACGAACAUCAUGAUCUUCAGACUGCUUUAUACUAUUGGAGAAAAGCUUUGCAACUGAGACAUGAAGAUAAAUCAGGUAUUCUUAGUAAGCCGAAAAACAUACCUUGUAAAUGGGCAUAUCUAAAUGCUGUGGAGUUUGAUUCUUCUGAAGAACUUGAAAAUUUGGCUCUUGAUUUGGAUACGAUGAGAAUACAGUCACUUUUGAUCUGUGAAAGAAUUUUGGGGUCUCUUCAUCGGGAUAUGAUUUUUCGUUUGAUGUAUAGAGGAGCGGCUUAUGCCGAUGGUUUACAGUAUCAAAGAUGUAUUGAUCUUUGGCGAUAUGCCUUAGAACUUCGGAUUCAAAAAGACAGUUUGCUCCACAGUGAAGUAUGUUUUACGGCACAGGCAUUAGUUAGAUUAUUUCUUGAUUUACAUGAAAAAUACAAUGCAGGAAUACUUCGUGAAAAAUUACAGUAUGAUGAUGUCUUGGGUUCUGUUAAACUUUUAGUAAGUCAAUUUGCUACUUCAAUGGAUCUUUUAAAAAUUCGACCUGUUUUUAAACGACAACAGGAUAAUUUUGAUAAAAUUCUUAGAGUUCUGACUCAUUUAAUUUACAUAUUAAAUGUAAUUUCAACAUCCGAACAACAUAGAAAGGAAAUGAGAGAAGUAAUCACGGAAAUUCUUAGAAUAAGUCCACGAACAUCUACAGGAGAGACAUUACUUCACAUGGUUGUAUCUAGAGCAAAUACAAUGAAAACAAAUACAAUUUUUGAAGAUUCUUAUACUGCAAUUUUUCCAGAUUCUGCAGUGACUUUUCUUCUUCUAGAUUGUGGUGCUAACAUAGAAGCUACAAAUCAUAAUCUAAGUACACCUCUUCAUAUUGCUUCGUUAAGAAGUAAUUUUGUGCCAGAAGUCACAAGUACUCUAUUAAGUUUUGGAGCUCAUAUUGAUAGAAGAAAUAGUAGUGGCAAUCAACCACAUCGUAUGCUUUCUGGAGUUAACGAAUGCACCAUAAACCCACUUCAGUAUUUAACAUUAAAAUGUUUAGCUGCUCGUAAAAUAUUAGAAUGUAAAAUUCCUUAUCACGGUGAAGUUCCUAUAACUUUGGAAAGUUUUAUUAAAAUACAUUAGAUUUUAUGUAUAGUUCAAAUUAAUGCUCAAGGACUAUUUAUUGAAUUAUUUUAGUUGUAAGUAUAUUAUAAUAAUGUUAAAUUUUUGUAAUGCUGGGAAUAUUACUGUUUAAUUUGUCUUUUUCUUGUAUUGUGUGUCUAAAUUAUAAAU